AUGUCGAAGUCCCGCCGUGCGUCGUACGCCGUCACGAGUGCCGAGCUCCCGGUGUUGAAGACGUUGGGGCUCGAGGAAGUUGACCCUGAAGAGGUUUUCGAGCUCCAGCGCAAGGAAGGCGCCGGCGCUUUCGGUCGUGUAUUUCGCGCCUGUUACAAGAAAGACCGUACGCGCCUCGCAGCAUUGAAAGUGAUCCCCGUCGCACUUGAAGCCGGCGAACGGGGGGAAGACAUUGAAAGCGUGAGACGCGAAAUCCAAUUCUUACGCGAAUGCGACCACCCGAAUGUCGUCGCAUUCCACGGCGCGUACUACAAGGACGGCGCGUUAUGGGUCGCCAUGGAACACUGUGCAGGCGGAUCGGUGGGGGAUAUCCGUCGCGUCCGCUCUUUGAGUGAACGGGAGAUCUCCAUCAUCAUGCGUGGGGCACUUAACGGUUUAGCGUACUUACACUCGCGUCGUAAGAUCCAUCGCGACGUGAAAGGAGGCAACAUUUUACUCACGGAUUCCGGUCAAGUCAAGAUCGCGGACUUCGGUGUAUCUGCUCAACUUCGCGAUACUUUAUCUCGACGCGGGUCGUUUGUGGGCACCCCAUACUGGAUGAGUCCCGAGCUCAUUCAAGACAGCGACUAUGACUUCAAAGCCGACAUUUGGUCCUUGGGGAUCACUGCGAUUGAGCUGGCGGACCAGAAGCCGCCGCUGUUUGACGAACAUCCGAUGCGUGUGCUUAUCCAAAUCCCUCGCAACCCGCCGCCACUCGUCGCUCAUCCAGAGAAGUGGUCGGCGGCGUUCUUGGAUUUCUUGCGCUUCUGUCUACGCAAAGACCCAGCGGAACGACCCACUGCAGUCGAGUGUAUGCAACACGAGUUCAUACGUCGUGAAGCGCAUAUUGAACGGGUGUUUGCUAGAGCUGAGAGGGACAAAGAAGGCGUGCAUAUUGAGGCAUCGCUGGCUGUAGCGGCUCCGGCGACGUCGGCUUCUAUUGAGAAAGAACUCGAAGAUGAAAUUGCAGAGGAGAUUAGUGAUGCAUCCUCUUCACUCAGUGAUGCUGAAGAGGAGGCGUCAACGGGGCUACUGGGCGAAACAUUCGAGUUUCGGGAGUCUCCGACUACGUCUCCAUUGACCGGCACGUCAGACGCCCCCAUUACAGCAAAGUUACAGCUAAAUGCCUCUGCAAGUGCCGACGAUCUGUUAUCCCUCUCUACAGACGAGCUACCCGCUCUCAGUCAGAAGGACAAGCUGAAACAAGACCAAAGCACAGCAAGCAUUCGCCAACCUGCGACUGAAUUCAAGCUUCUACCUUCUUCUGCAAAAUCCCCAGUCAAGCAUGGCAACACUCGUGAUUCCUCAGUCCGUUUUGUCAAGCUCAACGACUCUAGAACUUCUAGCGAUGUGUCUUUAAACUCGUUGUCUAUCUCUUCCGACACACCAGCUAAAAACCCGUCAAGAGCCCCGACAUCUCUCCGUCCAAAGGCGUCAUCGUCACCACCAACCUCUCCAUCCGUUAAGUCGUCCUGGUUGUCCGUAGCGUCCCAAGACGACCCUCUUGCAAGCAUCGACACCGUCACGAAUGCUCGUGUUAACCGCCUCCUUUCGUCCUUCUCAACGUCCACAUCGUCUCCAACGAAACUCAAGACGACAAAGCUUUAA